AUGGCAGCUUCAGCUCUCCACUCCACUGGCACUGCGGCCAUGUCUCUCUCCCUCUUCCUGCUCGCGGCCAUCGCCGCCUCAUCAUUCUCUCCGGCCAACGCACAGGCGUCGUCGUCAUGCGCGAGCCACACCUUCUCGAGCAACCAGCUCUACGCGUCGUGCACCGCCCUGCCGCGCCUCGGCACCACGCUGCACUACAACUACACGGCCGAGGGCAACUCGGUCGCCGUGGCGUUCCGCGCGCCGCAGACGAGCAAGGCCGGCGGGUGGGUGGCGUGGGGGCUCAACCCCAACGGCACGGGCAUGGUGGGCACGCAGGCCGUGGUGGCGUUCCGGCAUUCCAACGGCAGCCUCGUCGCGUACCCGACGAUGCUGGACAGCUACGCGCCGUCCAUGGCGCCCGCGGACGGCGCCGAGCUGGCGUUCCCCGUGUCGGACGUGGCGGCCGAGUACGCCAAGAACGGCAAGGAGAUGGUCGUGUACGCGACGGUCGCGCUGCCCGGGAAGGGGAGCAAGUUCACCCACGUCUGGCAGCAGGGGGGCUCCGUGGUGGACGACGUGCCGGCGGCGCACCCCACCACCGGGGAUAACGUGCUCUCCACGGGCACCAUCGAUUUCAGCAAGUGA